AUGCAACGUGAACAAAUACCGGUGGUUUCUAUUGAAAGACCGUCAGUUCCUAAGCAAAGCCCGAUGGCAGGAGUGCAACAAGUUGAAGAAGGACUUAGAAAUUUGACUACAGAAGAUGUACCACUAGUAUCGCUUGGUAGAGGAGCUGUAAGAGGUCGAAGGCGAAUCGACGUUGAACAUUAUUGGAGACCCAGACCAGAAUCGUCUUUGGAAGCAAAGGGAAAACAGGAUUUCACUCUAGAAGAUGUACCACUAGUAUCGCUUGGUAGAGGAGCUGUAAGAGGUCGAAGGCGAAUCGACAUUGAACAUUAUUGGACACCCAGACCAGAAUCGUCUUUGGAAGCAAAGGGAAAACAGGAAGAUGUACCACUAGUAUCGCUUGGUAGAGGAGCUGUAAGAGGUCGAAGGCGAAACGACGUUGAACAUUAUUGGACACCCAGACCAGAAUCGUCUUUGGAAGCAAAGGGAAAACAGGAUUUCACUCUAGAAGAUGUACCACUAGUAUCGCUUGGUAGAGGAGCUGUAAGAGGUCGAAGGCGAAUCGACAUUGAACAUUAUUGGACACCCAGACCAGAAUCGUCUUUGGAAGCAAAGGGAAAACAGGAUUUCACUCUAGAAGAUGUACCACUAGUAUCGCUUGGUAGAGGAGCUGUAAGAGGUCGAAGGCGAAUCGACGUUGAACAUUAUUGGACACCCAGACCAGAAUCGUCUUUGGAAGCAAAGGGAAAACAGGAUUUCACUCUAGAAGAUGUACCACUAGUAUCGCUUGGUAGAGGAGCUGUAAGAGGUCGAAGGCGAAUCGGCGUUGAACAUUAUUGGACACCCAGACCAGAAUCGUCUUUGGAAGCAAAGGGAAAACAGGAUUUCACUCUAGAAGAUGUACCACUAGUAUCGCUUGGUAGAGGAGCUGUAAGAGGUCGAAGGCGAAUCGACGUUGAACAUUAUUGGACACCCAGACCAGAAUCGUCUUUGGAAGCAAAGGGAAAACAGGAUUUCACUCUAGAAGAUGUACCACUAGUAUCGCUUGGUAGAGGAGCUGUAAGAGGUCGAAGGCGAAUCGGCGUUGAACAUUAUUGGACACCCAGACCAGAAUCGUCUUUGGAAGCAAAUUAGGGUACUGUGCGGGUUCCUGCUGCAUGUAAGUUUGCAC